AUGCAGACUUGUAUUUCAACAGGAACUUUGACUGUGGACCCUGAGCCCGGGCUGGCAAGCGCGAGGCGGAGCCCCACGAGAGCUUCAACAUACGUCAACCGCGUCGACAUGGGUCUGCAACAACACCGCGAGCUAUCCCAGUGA